UAAUUGUUUUAUUUUUAUUGGUAACGAGGUUUGCGGUAAACAAUGAACGUGGUAUUUGUGACGCUUUUUUGUUUGUUGCCCUUUAUUUUUGCCCAUCCUUUUGAUGCAGAUGAUUCAGUUUGUCCACCCGAAAAUGCAAUAAGCCCGUGCACGUGUAAUCCCGAAAGCAGACACGUUAGAUGCGAUGCUCUUGUAUCCACCACAGACUUAAGAAAUGCGUUUAAGAAUUUAGCAGGGGGAAGUUACGAAGAACUAAUGAUUCAUUCAUCCACCCUUCAAUAUAUCCCACAUGAAAUCCAACAAGUACGAUUUCAAAGACUAUAUAUCAGGGAGUCUACUUUUGUUGAUUUGUUUGAUGCCCCUCCUACUACUCUGACCUCGUUGGAAGUAAUACACAUUGAGAAAUCUAAACUUCUAAGAAAGAAAUGGAGUCACUUCACACCACUUACCAGUUUAAGAGAGUUACGAAUUUUGGAUACUAGCGUCCGAGUUUUGGAUGAAGACUUGGGUAAAAGUUUACCAAAGAGUCUCAAAUCCCUUACUUUUCGUGGAACAGAAACGAGAACAAUAAAACCAGGUGCAUUCCAUGGUCUUGAUAAUAUCGAAGCACUUGAAGUCAAAGAUGCAGAAUUGAUCAACUUAAGAAGAGAUAUAUUUCCGACACCAUUCAACGUCGAAAGAUUAUCUUUCAUUGAAAACAAGUUGAUCACACUACCAAAAGACCUAUUCACUCAAAUGCCGAAACUGAAGGUGGUGGAUUUACGCGUUAAUGGACUCAUCGAAGUACCUGAAGAAGCAUUUGGAGAAACCGCAUCUCAGCUUGAUAUCCUUUUGUUAGACGUUAAUCCACUGAAGUGUGAUUGUACUCUUGAAUGGUUAGUGAAAAAUGGGCCGGAAGUGAGAUCUGGAAUUUGUGAAUCUCCUGUGGAAAUGAAAGGGAAAAGGUUAAGCACAUUAACAACAGAUGACUUUGAAUGCUAAAAAUGGUUCUGAAGUGGAAAACUGCUGCAUAACAAAAUACAUAUGUGGGGGGGG